GCGGCAGGGCGAGGGUGAGUCAAUGUGGGGUUGCGGGGUGCUGUCAAAGUCUUUAGGGCUGGACGUCCCUGCAUCUUUCAACGACAACCCAUUGAGGUGCCCGGCAGGACGGUAGUAUCACGGCUGAUAGCCCAGUGUCUCCAUGAUUCUGCCUGUUAGGACUGCUGCUCUCCUUAACAUUGAUCCUUCCUCCUCAUCUUAUAUCCUCUUCCGGCCGAAGCAAUGGAUUUGCCGCCAUUUUCUCCAAUGCAGUCAUCAGCAAUGCUGCAUCUUUCCCGCUCAUACCUAUGUUUCCCGACUUUUCAUUUAUCGAUGAUGCCACGGCAGUGAGCACAAGGCGUGCGCAAAACGAGGCGGUUGGAAUCGGUUUGUCAUGGUGUGCUGGAAAUAGGAGCAGUUUGUCGCGAGUUGCCGAAUUUGCCGUCUAGAAGGGUGAUUUCGCCGCUUUCGCUUCCGAGCCGUUGGUCAAAGGCGGCUUCUUUUGGUGCUUCGAGAUGUUCGUCCGAAUCAAAAACUCAACGGGUAUCGGAAGCUUGUUGAUUCAAUAUCAGUGGAAGGAACUGCUUGGUAAUAGGUUCCCAUCCGCUCGGCUACAGGCUCAUACCCCGUACCCGCACUCCCAUGGAUGAUUCCCCAUGGGGCAGCCAGCUCCUUCCUCAACGCUAAAAGAGACCGGCUUGUUUGACCGUGCUCCGGGACUGGGAACGGCCCCAGAAGAAGCGAUGCCGAGGAUGUCGAAGCACCCACUCGGCCUGCUUAUUCCCGGCCAAGCUCUACCUCCCCUAAAAUAAUAUUUCAUAUCGUCCCCUAUUUAUACUAGAUGUUAGGAAUCUUUUCCUUUCCUAUUUCGUCAUCGAUCGAACCUGCCCCUAUCAUAUGGGGCUGCCAACGACAGGCCCGCCGCUCCUUUUCAGCACGCAUCUUAUUGAAGUCUAACAGGUCAUGGCCGUUGGCUCUUCUGACGAGAAUGGUCGGUCCGGAUCCGUUGCCAAGCCGGACCGACCAUCGUCCCCGGGCCAAGAAGAGUUCGAGGUCGGCAGCCACACAGGAACGUCGAUAAGCACCGAUGAAGAAGCCGUCAUCGUGGAUGAUGUACCCGGCCAGGGUGGGAUAGGCCUAUCACACCGUGAGAAUGUACUCUCUCCUACUCAACCCACCCAGACGAGAUCGCGGCGGAGCUCUUCCUUUGUUCGACCAAACAAUCCUAUCGUUCCAAGAUCCCAACGGCGUGGCCUGUUUGGAAGAUUCACCAUAAUUCCCGAAGUCGAGACACCACUAGAAUACAAGAGAGGCACCAAAUGGACCAUCACAGCUGUCGUUGCUCUAGCUGCCGCUGGCGCCCCUAUGGGUUCUGGUAUAUUUCUGCCUGCCCUCCCUGACCUGGCAAAAGAGUUGAACGCAACCACCACAAUUACUAAUUUGACGGUGGCCAUGUACAUGCUUGCCAUGUCCAUCUUUCCUCUCUGGUGGUCGUCGUUCUCUGAAACCCUCGGCCGCCGGACAAUUUACAUCAUUUCCUUCACCAUGUUUGUCGUCUUCUCGGCACUCAGCGCCAUCAGCGUCAAUAUUUCAAUGUUGAUCGUCAUGAGAAUCUUGGGAGGCGGUGCGUCAGCUUCUGUUCAGGCCGUCGGCGCCGGCACCAUUGCCGAUAUCUGGGAACCGGCCGAGCGUGGGAGAGCUAUGGGCCUCUUUUAUCUCGGCCCUCUCAUCGGCCCGCUGAUUAGCCCCCUUACUGGCGGUAGCUUAUCUGGAGCCUUUGGUUGGCGUUCGACGAUGUGGUUCCUGACUAUUUACGGUGGCGUCAUGCUCCUCAUGAUUUUCUUCUGUCUGCCAGAAACACUUGCCAACAAGAAGCCGGCUACAGCCCCCAUCAGCUCCCCCGAUCCAACCGCCAACCCUCUGACCCGUGUCACCACGACAGCCAAAUCGAUCAAAUCCGCCGCUUCAACCAUCAAGCGCUUCCUUUGGGACCCCCUCACCGUCCUUGCUUACCUUCGCUAUCCACCGGUGCUGAUAUCAGUCUAUUCGGCCAGCGUGGCCUUUGGCUCUCUCUUCGUCCUCAACAUCUCCAUUCAAUCAACUUAUUCCACUCCACCCUACAAUUUUACAAGCACCAUCAUCGGCUGCAUGUAUCUCGCUCCUUCCUUGGGGUACAUCACCGCCUCCACCGUUGGCGGCCGCUGGCUCGACCACAUAAUGAAGCGCGAAGCACUUCGCGCCGGCCGCUUCGACGACAGCGUCAACCCCCCCAAAUUGAUAUACCUCCCUGAGGACCGUAUGGGAGAGAACAUGUGGCUUGCUGCUUCUCUAUACCCGCUUUCUCUCAUCGUGUACGGUUUCACUGCUAGUCAGGGGCUCAAAUACAUUGCCGCCCCAGCCAUCGCCACCUUUCUCUUUGGAGUAGGGAGUAUGCUAGUCUUUGGUGCGGUAACGACAAUGCUGACAGAGUUCAUGCCCCAAAGAAGUUCGUCUGGGGUAGCGGUCAAUAACUUUGUGAGAAACUUUGUCUCUUGCGUGGGAGCGAUUCUUGCACAGCCGUUGAUUGACGCCAUGGGGAAUCGGUGGUUGUGUCUGAUGGUUGGGUUAUUUGCGUGGAUCACGGGGAAUGGGGCGAUUUUCUUGUUGAAGAGGAGGGGUGAGAAGUGGAGGAGGGAGAUGGAUGAGGCGCUGGGGAAUAAUGUAAAGGUGGUGCAUAACGGGCAGCGGAGUAAUGAGGAGUUGGGGCAGAUGGAUGGGGAUAUUAGGUUGGAGGAGAUGUGUGACAAGGAGGAUAAGCAGUGAGGAGACAAAGAAUUGGAGUUAGAAAAAGGGGAAAGGG